AUGGUGUUUAAACUAUUUUACAACAAUUCAUCCUUCAUCAAUUCUACUAUCAAGCCUACAAUUCAUGAUGAACAUAUAUCGUCUCUUCUAACAUUUCCAAAUGAACUCUUAUUAUUAUUAUUUGAAAGUUUGGAUAUCCCUUCCAUUCUUGCUCUAAGUAAUGUCUGUAAUAGAUUUCUAUUAAUUGCUCAAGUUUGUUUGGCAAAAAGAUUUAAAGAUUCAAAUUUUGAGCUAUCUUUAUUCUUUGACCAAGAAUUUCGUCGAAAACUUAACAUAGAUUUCACUUUUGAACGGUUUGAUUUAGAAACUGGAAAAUUCGUUUUUAUACCAAAAAAUGAUAAACCUAUAAGAUUUAUUCAUUCUCGUGUGGUCGGAAGUCCAAAGUUACGAAGAAUCCAAUUUACUGGAUUUGAUAACGAUGCAAAAUCUGAUGAUAAAAACCUUUUACAAAAAUCUUGUACAUUACCUAUAGAUUUAAAUAAUUCUAUCAUAAAAAAAUCAUCAUUCGUAUACCGAAUAGGUCGUGGUUCAACUCAUUUAAAAUCUCGAUAUACUUUCACUUAUUCUAUAAGUGAUUCUCCACCACCAUUAGUAAGAAGAACUCGAAGUGGUGAACGAUGGAUCACACCCCUCCGAUUCGAAUGUUCUCCAUGUUUCUUUUAUCCUCAAGAACCUAUCACACAUAAAAUAAUUAGAGACAUUAUUCAUUUCAAGAAAAAUCAAAUUCAAAAACAUCCUAUUAAAUUACGAAAUCUGAGUGAGAUCAGUCUAUCCAGUAUUGAUACAGAAUAUAUCAUUAUUGAAUAA